AUGUUAGCUGCAGCAUUAGGUGGCCAGGAACCCUCACUCCUGCCAUUCUCACUUCUGCUCCUGGCUUUCUGGGAGGCAGGGAGCGGCCAGGUCCACUACUCGGUCCUGGAGGAGGCCAAACACGGCACCUUCGUGGGCCGCAUCGCCCAGGACCUGGGGCUGGAGCUGGCGGAGCUGGUGCCGCGCCGGUUCCGGGUGGCGUCCAAAGAGCGCGGGGACCUUCUGGAGGUGAAUCUGCAGAAUGGCAUUUUGUUUGUGAAUUCUCGGAUCGACCGGGAGGAGCUGUGCGGGCGGAGCUUGGAGUGCAGCCUGCACCUGGAGGUGAUCGUGGACAGGCCGCUGCAGGUUUUCCAUGUGGAGGUGGAGGUGAGGGACAUCAAUGACAAUACGCCCGUAUUCCCUGAGACUCAAAAGAAUCUGUUUAUUUCCGAAACUAGGGCUCUUGACUCUCGUUUUUCAUUGGAGGGUGCCUCCGAUGCAGAUACUGGGGCGAAUGCUCUGUUGACUUACCGACUGAGCCCCAGUGAAUAUUUCUCGCUGGAAAUACCGACCAAUGAUGAACACGUAAAACCUCUGGAACUAGUAUUAAGAAAACCUUUAGAUAGGGAGGUCACAUCGGAGUUUCUCUUGAUACUCAAAGCAACUGAUGGGGGCAAACCUGAGCUGACAGGCACAGUUGAGCUACAUAUCACAGUACUGGAUGUAAAUGACAAUGCACCUAUGUUUGACAAAGCAGUUCAUCGUGUAAAAUUACAGGAAAAUGCAAGAAAUGGUACACUAGUUAUUAGACUUAAUGCUUCAGAUCUAGAUGAUAGCUCAAACAGUGACAUUCUUUAUUCCUUUGCAACUGGUGUCUCCUCUAAUAUUAAAACAUUUUUCUACAUAGAUUCAGCAAGUGGAGAAAUAAUACUAACUGGGAGAAUAGACUUUGAGGAAACUAAACUAUGGAAACUUCAAGUCGAAGCUGUUGACAAAGGUAGCCCUCCAAUGUUUGGUCACUGUACAGUCUUAAUAGAAGUCUUGGACAUGAACGAUAAUGCUCCAGAGCUGCAAGUUACAUCACCGACACUCUCUGUUCCAGAGGACACUUCACUAGGGACAGUCAUCGCGCUCGUUAGUGUAACGGACCGAGAUUCAGGAGCCAACGGGCAGGUGACCUGCUCCCUGUCGCCGCACGCGCCCUUCAAGCUGGUGUCCACCUUCAAGAAUUACUACUCGCUGGUGCUGGACGGCGCCCUGGACCGCGAGAGCGUGGAGCGCUACGCCGUGGUGGUGACGGCGCGCGACGGCGGGGCGCCCGCGCUGUCGACCACGGCGAGCGUGCGCGUGGAGGUGGCGGACGUGAACGACAACGCGCCGGCCUUCGCGCAGGCCGAGCACACGGUGUUCGUGAGGGAGAACAACGCGCCCGGCUGCCACAUCUUCACGGUGUCGGCGCGCGACGCGGACGCGGGGGAGAACGCGCGCGUGUCGUACUCGCUGGUGGAGCGGCGCGUGGGCGAGCGCGCGCUGUCGAGCUACGUGUCGGUGCACGCGGAGAGCGGGCGCGUGCACGCGCUGCAGCCGCUGGACCGCGAGGAGCUGGAGCUGCUGACGGUGCAGGUGAGCGCGCGCGACGGGGGCGCGCCGCCGCUGGGCAGCAACGUGACGCUGCAGGUGUUCGUGCUGGACGAGAACGACAACGCGCCCGCGCUGCUGGCGGCCGGCGGCGGCCUCGGCGGCGGCGGCGGCCCGGGCGCGCUCAGCCCCAGCUCGCUGGUGGCGCGCGGCCUGGGCGCCGGCCAGGUGGUGGCCAAGGUGCGCGCGGUGGACGCCGACUCGGGCUACAACGCCUGGCUGUCGUACGAGCUGGCGCCCGAGGCGGGCGCGGCGCGCAGCCCGUUCCGCGUGGGGCUCUACACGGGCGAGGUGAGCACGGCGCGCGCCCUGGACGAGGCGGACGCGGCGCGCCAGCGCCUGCUGGUGCUGGUCAGGGACCACGGCGAGCCGGCGCUCACGGCCACCGCCACGCUGCUGCUGUCGCUGGUGGACGGCGGCCAGGCGCCCAAGGCGUCGUCGCGGGCCGCGGCGGAGGGCGCGGCGGGCGCGCGGGCGGCGCUGGUGGACGUGAACGUCUACCUGAUCGUGGCCAUCUGCGCCGUGUCCAGCCUGCUGGUGCUCACGCUGCUGCUGUACGCGGCGCUGCGCUGCUCGGCGCCGCCCAGCCAGGGCGCGUGCGCGGCGGGCAAGCCGGUGCUGGUGUGCUCCAGCGCGGUGGGCAGCUGGUCCUACUCGCAGCAGAGGAGGCAGAGGGUGUGCUCGGGGGAGGGGCCGCCCAAGGCCGACCUCAUGGCCUUCAGCCCUAGUGUUCCCCCUGUUUUGAGUUCUGGAGAGAAUGGAGAGCAACUGGACAUUUCUGGCACUGUAAGUACAGCGAUUCAGUGA